UGACAGCUGAGUUGUCUUGACAACUGCCCUUCGAUAACAAACGAAUUUUAAACUCACUGAUUACAUUCUGCGCCAAAAUUUUGGCUGUUCCGUUAAAAAGCAAACUACGUUGUAAAAUACUUGUACUUUUAUUCAGUUUAGAUUUUUUUGGAAGUUUUCUAGAUAUUUGUAAAGAUUGGUGUAGCGAUGACACGGAGAGGGGCUGCGCGCAAACUGGUUCCACAGAGUACUCCUACAGAGCCCAAGCCAAAGACUUUGAAACAAGAGCAGAUGUGUCGUUCACCAAAGUUUGCUAAGACACCUCCAAAGUCGGUGUACUCUAUGACUUCACGUGAUUUCCAAGUGGAUACAAACGCUCACGUAGAAGUGAUCGCUGAGCAAUUAAAGGACUUCUGCUGUCUCAAUUUUUAUCAAGCUGCCAUAUUGCACAAUAAACAUCUUUUUCGAGGUCGCACUGUGCUGGAUGUAGGUUGCGGCGUAGGCAUACUCUCAUUAUUCGCCGCCAAGGCUGGUGCAGCUCAUGUGUAUGCGGUAGAUACUUCCAGUGUAUUGGACUACACUGAGCAAAUUGUGCGUGAGAAUGGUUAUGCUGAUGUGAUACAUAUAAUCAAGGGAACUUUGGAGCAGAUACAAUUGCCAGUUGCGGAAGUAGAUAUAAUCAUAUGUAAUUGGUUGGGCUAUUCUAUGCUCUUCCAAUCGGCUUGUGAUUUAGUAAUUUAUGCGCGUGAUAAGUGGCUGAAGAAGGAGAAUGGCAUCAUAUUACCGGAUGUGGCAAAACUAUUUAUGGCUGCUGUGGAGGAUACUAAAAAUAAAAAUGAACGUGUAGAAUGGUGGAAUGAUGUAUAUGGUGUGAACAUGAAAUGCGUGCGAGAGUUUGCAUUGUCCGAACCGAGCUUUCAGUUGGUGCAGCCACAGCAAUUGCUGAGCACACAAUUUGGAGUCAAGUACCUGAAUAUGUACACUGCAACAAAGAAGGAUUUGAACUUUCGUUGUAAAUAUAUGCUCGAAAUGCGCCGCAGUGGUCAUGUGGAUGGCAUCGUAACAUUUUUUCAUGUCUUCUUUACUAAGUCACACACGCCAAUGAGUUUCAGGACGGAUCCGUGUGAGAUGCGUACACACUGGAUGCAAAGUGUAUUUUACCUUGACAGACCAGUGUACGUCAAUUCUGGUGAACUUUGCUACGGAGGCAUUGAAAUGUGUUCAGUGGGCCGUAACUGUGAUCUCAAUAAUAUGGAGCUAGGUUUUGAAAUGUACAGUGGUGAGCCAGCUCAGUUUCAAUUGGAAGCAGAAAUGCGCUGGCAGCUUAAACCACAUGCAGCGAUACCCAACGAUAAAAUCAAAGAAAAAAAUAAAGAAAAUGGUUCGGGACACAACCAACAGAAGGAGGAAGCUGAAAAAACCGAAUUGUUGCAGACAAAAUCUGCGUCUUCGAAGGAGUCUGUUAAGACUGAUAAAGAAGAAAAACCAACGCGCACCAAAUCCCCAGUCUCGCCCACUAUUGUAAUAGGAGAUUAUGCAUAUCCUUGCGUGGCGGGAAAGAAGUGCAAAAAAUUAAAGCACUCUAAGAAAGGAUAAGAAGUCGGGUACAAUAGAGCUUAGAAUACUUUAUAGGCAUAGAACUAUCAAUAUAUUAUCAAAAGGGUUCAAGAGACAAUUCGUAUAUGUAUAACGACAUCACACUUUUGUACAUAGAAUACAUAUACAUAAACACGUUGGCAAGGCUGAAUUUUCAAUAAUAAUACAUAAUUAUAAUUAAUUAAUUAAUUAAUUAAAAAAAAGAAUUACAUAAAAUAUUAUUGGUUAUCAAUUAACUUAAUUGGAUAUUUGACAUAAGUGAGAUCGUUUAUUUAUGUAUUAAAAUUUUUUUCUUAAUUUUUCCGUUUCUGUAAAACAAAAUUGAAUUCCACAAGUGGGUCAUCCAUAUCCUCUUGUCUUUAGUCUUAUUUCAAUGAUUAAUAAUCGACAAUUUGAUUUUCGUUUUAUGAGCUUCGUCCUUUCCUCAUUUCGUCAAAUAUUCAAACUUCAUAAAUUUUUAACCUCUUUAUUUUAAUUAUCAGGAUGUAAUUAUACAUAACUUAAUGAAGUUAAAAAAAUUUAUUG